ACGUCAUAAAAAAAAAUUGAGAGCUGUCUGCUGUCAUUGAUAUAAUUUAUACGGUUGUUAGUCAACUGCCGAAUUAAAAUUAUAAACAAAAGCAGAUAAUUUUCUUUUCUAGGAUUCAAUAAAUUCACAAUAUCCAAAUGCCGGCAGCUAGUUUUGGAUCCAUUUUAGCGAGUACCAUCAAAGAAGAUUGUUCCAUAAAAAAUGUUUGGAAUCACAAUCUACAUGAAGAGUUUCAUGUUAUUAGACAGAUCGUACAGAAGUUUCACUGGGUGGCCAUGGAUACUGAAUUUCCUGGGGUUGUAGCAAGACCAAUCGGAGAAUUCAGAUCUACUGCUGACUACCAGUAUCAGCUAUUGAGGUGUAAUGUGGAUCUUUUAAGAAUUAUUCAGCUUGGUCUCACAUUUAUGGAUGAAAAUGGUAAAACUCCACCGGGCUGCACUACUUGGCAAUUUAAUUUUAAGUUCAACUUACAGGAAGACAUGUAUGCCCAAGACUCAAUUGAUUUGCUUCAAAAUUCUGGACUCCAAUUUAGAGAACAUGAAGAACAUGGGAUUGAACCAUUAGAAUUUGCAGAACUCCUGAUGUCUUCCGGGAUAGUGCUGAUGGACAAUAUCAAUUGGUUGAGUUUUCAUUCUGGUUAUGAUUUUGGAUAUUUACUAAAAAUCCUCACUGAUCAGAAUUUGCCACAAGAAGAAAAUGACUUCUUUGAAAGUCUGAGAUUGUAUUUUCCUACUGUUUAUGAUGUAAAAUUGUGUAAGAACCUAAAAGGUGGUCUACAAGAAGUAGCAGAUCAGUUGGAAUUGCGCCGAGUGGGACCACAGCACCAAGCUGGAUCUGAUUCACAUCUCACAGGAAUGGCCUUCUUCAAAAUCAAGGAAAUAUUCUUUGAUGGCAAUAUUGAAAGUACUAGUGGUCAUUUGUAUGGCUUGGGGGCACCAUUUGCCAGUAAUGUGAACAAUUUCCAAGAUAAUAUGGAGAACGGCAAUUCACCUUGAUGAGAAAAAGCUCUGUGUUGUGAACCACACACAGCUAUUUUUCUGUCUCGUAUUAUGAAGAUAUUCAAACAAAGUGUUAUAUGUUUGUACCUGAUAAUGUGCAAAAGAAAUUAUUGAGCAAAGCCUGUGAUGUUUGUCUGUAGCAUGAACUACACUGUUAAGGCUUAUUAGGGCAUGCAAUUUUUGUCAAUAUUUUGAAAUUGGUUUGGCUGCCACAUUUUUUCAAAUAAUAAAAUAGUAUAUUUGAUUGCAUUUUCAUGACUGAAAAGUUACUUAUAAGUGAUAAAGAAAGAUUUUACAAUCUACAGAGAAAAUCUAAUCCAAAUUCUUAAUUACAGUAACAAUUUAGUCUUUCUGGUUUUAAAACAAGACCUUAUUGGUGAACCUAAUAAUAUAACACGCAUGGUCUAGUAACCGCAUGGUAACUGAGCGAGCAACCUCGGAAGGCAAAUCCACAGCCCGUCAGGACGUGCUUAGCCGGGGACGCCUAACGCCUCGUACUGAGCUAAACAACGUCGGCUUUUAACGAUGUUCAAAAGUGCAGGUAGGUAUGCCGUACGCUAUAAACUUAUGUUGAACUAAGAAUUCUAUAGGUACGGUAGACUGCACAUCAGUGGUCACUGUCAUGCACCUUAACUCAAUAAGUACGAUUUUCCUAUAGAACAUUUACGACUGAGCUUUUUUUUUUAUUUGUGUAAAGUCCGUUUUUUGCUUGUCCCUAGGAUUUGACCUAAUUUUAUUCAUAAACCCAUUAACUAUUUGAGUUUUUAAAGAUAGUGGACCAAAGAAAAUACAUUUAAUUUUAAUUUAAUUAUAUUGGUUUUAAUUAUCCAUUAUUUUGUUUUAACAGCAUUUAAAUAAACAGGAGUAGGCUUUUUUUGCUUGUCCCUAGCUGAAUUUCUAUGAUUGGAUCAAGAAUAUUUAGCGAUUUUUCUACGGAUGAUAUACUUUUUUUAAGGGGUUUAGUUUCUAAAUGUCAUCAUUUGUUAAUAUUCAUCAAUUCAUUUGUAAUAUUCUGGCUUAUUUACAUAAAAACGUAUAAAAUUACGAUGAUGAAAUUUUGAUCCACCCUGUCCUAAUACUUUGAAACAGGCACUACUUAAACAUACUACUGCGUUUUACUCUACUAUUAAAGUCAAAAGGACUUUGAGGAACGUAGACGUUUUGUUGCUGGCUCCGUACCAAGAAUGGAAUUUAUGUUCAGAUAUGUGUUUGAAUUUUACUACAGCGUAACCAAAUAUUAGGAUUGCUGUUUAUUUCUAGAAACCGCCAUUUCUUUAAGUUACUUUUUAAAAUGACAUCAAAUGGAAAAGAACCACAAAUAAUUAUUUAUAUAUUUUUUUAAUCGGCAUGUAUGAAAAUGUGACUUCCGUUUUGUGACCAAAUCUAUGGUCACAUAUUGGCUGAGCUCAAAGUCACAACAUGACUGAUCCUAUAAAGUUAAGUUUACAUGAAACAGUGAUGUUGUUUCAGAAAUUCAGAAUAAUAGUUUUCUGUGGGGAUCAAUUUUAUUUUAUUCAUGUUUACAAUCUUUAUGUAAA